AUGGCAGAUUUGGAGUUUCUAGGAUUUGAAGCUCAGAAAGUUACUCUCUCAGUUUACUAUGAAACUCUAUGCCCAUUUUGUGCUACUUUCAUCGUCAAAAAUCUUGCUCAAAUAUUUGAUAACAAUCUCAUCACCAUUCUCAAUCUCAGACUGGUUCCUUGGGGAAAGGCAUCUAUCAACUCAUCUAAGAACUCCACUGUUUGUCAGCACGGCCCAGAUGAGUGCAGGCUAAAUUCUGUGGAAGCAUGCGCCAUCAAUGUUUUGCAUGAUGUGAACAAGUAUUUUGCUUUGAUUUACUGCAUAGAAUUUCUGGCCAUUGAAGGAAGGCAGAAGGAAUGGCAAACUUGUUUCAGUUCGUUGGGGUUGCCUUCAAAACCCAUCUUGGAUUGCUACAGAAGUGGAAAUGGAACAAAGAUUGAACAAAAAUAUGCUAAUGAAACCAUGCACCUCAAUCCGCCUCUUAAGUUUUUACCAUGGCUGGUUCUGAACAACCAACCAAUUGGAAAUGAUUAUGAAAAUUUUGCCGCCUAUGUAUGCAAGGCUUACAAAGGUAACAAAGUACCCUUGGCCUGCCAAUCUGUGCAUUUGAAGCAAAAGACAGAGUAGACAGUGACACAUGCUGCACUUACCACAAGCACAAAAGAUCGAUUACCGGCUGAUAAAAAGCUUCAUGGUUGCCACAGAAAACUAGUUUCUCAG